GAGUGGGCCUUGACGUGGCAGAGUCGUAGAGAUUGUAAUUUUAUUUCCUUUGCGUAAUUGCUUCAAAGCUAUAUUGUCUAAGACUUUGGUGCAUUAACAACAUUAAAACGAUUACCCAGAAUUUCAAAUCAUGAUUCUGGAGUUGACAACAACGUUCUUGUUAGUUUGGAUAACUUGGUAUUUAAUAACGACAUACUUGGAAAGAAGAUUAAUGCCACCUGGGCCGUUUCCAUUGCCAGUCAUUGGUAAUAUGUUACAACAGGAUGUCAAGUCAGGAAAACCAUUUCAUAAACUUUCUAAGACGUACGGUGAUAUAAUGACAUUACAAUUACACACAAAGUGUGUAUUUGUGAACACUGCAUCACUUGCCAGAAAGGCAAAGAUUGAGUAUAAUAACGAUGUUGUAAGCAGAGAACAAGAUAUUCCUUUAUGUAAAGUACUGGGACCAAAUGAUGUUGUCUUUGCUGAAUAUGGAACAGCAUUCAUGUUCAGAAAAAGAGUAUUUAAUUCAGCAAUGCACGUGUUUGGAGCAGGUAUCAAGGCAGCACAAGAGGACUUCAUGCAGUAACAUGUACUUUGGAGCAAAUAAAAACAUUGAAAGAUCAACCAUUCUCUCCCCAAGAAAUUAUUGGAUCAGCUAUAAUGGUUCAAUUGAGGCAAUGGCUCACUGCCGAGAAAGUUUCUUUGGAUGAUCCAGUAAUAAUGAAUCUCCUCGAGUUUAGUGAUCUCGUUGCAAGAAAGAUUCCGUCAAUUUAUUUAACUUACUGCAUGAUACCGUUUCACUCCUAUCUGCCAACAAAGCUUUCCAAAUUUGUUAAACGAGGUCAAAAUAUAAAAUUCUCGAUACUUUCACCAGUUUUAAAAUCCCAUUUAGAAACUUACACACCUGGUACUAUCCGCGAUAUGGCUGAUAGUUUUAUUGAAGCAUACAAAAAGGAAGCGGCCAAAGAAAAUAAAAAAGAUAUUGGAUCCAUUGAAGAUAUCAAAGCUUUGAUGAUAGACGUCGCUUUUGCCGGUUCGGACACAACCUCUUCCUCACUAUCAUGGUUCAUAUUGUACAUGACUUUAUACCCGAAGGACAAAUUGCCGAGAAUGGAUGACGCCGACAACAUGCCUUAUCUUCAAGCCACCAUUUGUGAAGUAUUACGCAAGACCUCUCCAGUGUCAAGGGCAAUUACAGUGACAAUAAACGAUGUAACACUUGCAGGAUAUUAUAUUCCAAAAGGAACUACUCUCAUGGUCAAUAUACCAGAGGUUCACUUGGAUGAGCGAGAAUGGCGGGAACCACAUAAAUUCAAGCCAGAGCGUUUCUUAGACGAAAAUGGGAAAUUUGUUGGAUGGACAAAGUAUCCUGCAUUUAUGCCGUUUGGUUUAGGUCGAAGAGAAUGCGCCGGAAUAUCGUUUGCAAAGAUCAUGUUAUUUACGUUUACUGCAGCAUUAUUGCAACAGCUCAAGUUUGAGCUUCCUGAAGGAGCGGAAAGACCUGCAGAAGAUGGACCACAUUUGGGAAUUGUAAAUGGUCCGGAGAAUUUCUAUGUUAUCACAAGAAAAAGAAGAGCGUGCAAGGACUGUGUUGAAUAGAAAUAAAUUAACAGAAACGAUUUGUAUACAAGAGCGAUCUGAAAUCAUACAUGUAAAUGAAUAAAAUAUAGGAGAAGUA